AACCUCCUCUGCAGCUUCAUUUCCCUCCCCAGGGCUGCUAGAGUUUAUCUCCCUGAAUUUGGCUAGGAUUGAUUAAGUCCUUCCUGCCUGAACCUCAGGGAAUAAGAAAGCUCAGAUUACUAACUGGUCCUACUUUCUAUGCCAAGUCCCCAAGAUAUCCCUGGUUAGAAAAGUAUUGGUGAGUGCCUGGGACUUCUUGAAGAUUGUCCGGCAGGCGUGGGAUUCCUUCGGAUAUGGUCCAUAGUGCCGUACUGGCCUGGGUCUGGGCCCUGGCUCUGGGAGUGGUCCCAGGGGUCCAAGCUGGCUGUGCCGAUCUCGGUCGCUGCUGCCAGGGCCGGGACUUGACUUGCGUCUCCCGGGGCUGGACAGCGGCAGGUCCCUCUCUGGAGCCCCAGCCCUGCUACUGCGACCAGGCAUGCAGCGGAGCAGGGGACUGCUGCCCGGAUUAUGGGAGUGCCUGCCCAGCUGUGACCUGCGCAGUGUCAGAGUGGAGUGGCUGGAGCCGGUGUAUUGAACCCUGCACUGUCACUUUUCGAGUUCGAAGGAGAGAAGUUCUAAGAGAGCCAAGGAAUGGCGGUGGUCCCUGCCCUGCACUGGAGGAGAGGGCUGGUUGUGUGGAAUACUGGAGUGAUCAGGGUGUGGAGUGCAAACAGGCCCUGAUCCCAGCUCUCAUAACCACUGGGGCCUUCAGGACUUGGAGGAAAAAAAGGGCCGUGGCCCUUGAGAGAAAGUCAGCUGGGUAUUGUGUCAUGUUCGAGCUUGUGACCAUCACUAUGGGCUGCUUUCAGACAAGAGCCCCCUACACUCAGUGGAUGAGGUAUCUCAGCCAAGGGCACACGCUCUGUGUGUUGUGUGAGCCACCUGCACUGGAUAUGAGAAGCCUUCGGUGCUAUGGGGAUGGUGAAGGAUCCAGAGGGGACCAGCUGCUUCAGUGGCAGGCCGUUGGCAAUCCCAGCUGUAGAGGGACCUGGAAGAGAUUUCAACAGCUGGAAGCCUGCUCCUGCCCUGAUGUCCACAGCUUCCUGUUUGUCUAGGGGCCAUGAACUUCUGCUAUCCACCCACAGAGAGCCUCUGAGCUUUGGGAUAAUGGCAGACAGUAUUCUCUCCAUAUCUUCCCCUCUCCCA